UCUCCAACUCUCUCUUCUUCUUCUUCUUCUCUUUGUCUCUCUCUCUCUCUCUCUGAUUCAUGCAGAUACCUCGUAGAAAAACACCCUUCUCUGCUUCCCCUGAAGCUUUCACAAUGAAGAGCCGCAAGAACAACAACCUACCAAUCUUCGUCGUCGUCUUCUCGGUUUUUCUGUUCGGGAUUUUCAUGUACAAUGAAGACGUCAAGUCCAUCGCGGAAUUCCCAUUCUCUUCUACCCCAAAAGCGCAAGAACUCCAAGAAAUGCAAGAAACGAAACAGAGCUCCUCAGACUCUGUUUCGAAACAGAGCGACUCUGUUUCCGAAAUCCAGAACAGGGUUUCUCUAAGCGCAACUGCAAGAACGCAAUUGGAAGAAACCCAGUUGGAGAAUCCAGUUUCUGAAGAGACCCAAGAACCUGUGGAGCUGAAAACGAUGAUGGAAGAGAAAGAAGAAGACUUGGACAAAAAGAUUGAGGUGAAUGAAGAAGAUGAUACGGAAGAGAUUGAAUUGCCUCCUGAAGAUUGUGACUUGUUUAAUGGGGAUUGGGUUUUCGAUCCUGUGACUCAUCCUUUGUAUAAAGAAGACGAAUGUGAGUUCUUGACGGCUCAAGUAACUUGUAUGAGGAAUGGAAGAAAGGACUCUCUGUAUCAACAUUGGAGAUGGCAGCCCAGAGAUUGUAAUCUUCCAAAGUUCAAUGCAAGAUUGUUGCUAGAGAAACUGAGAAACAAGAGGCUCAUGUUUGUGGGGGAUUCUUUGAAUAGAAACCAGUGGGAAUCCAUGAUAUGUUUUGCUCAGUCUGUAAUUCCCCCUGGGAGAAAGAGCUUGGUGAAGAAUGGAUCUCUCUCUGUUUUCACAAUUAAGGACUAUAAUGCUACAGUGGAGUUCUACUGGGCACCAUUUCUGGUGGAGUCAAAUUCAGAUGAUCCAUUGAUGCACAGCAUACAAAACCGUAUCAUUAUGCCCAAGUCGAUCAAGAAGCAUGGUAAAAAUUGGAAGGAUGUGGAUUACCUAGUUUUCAACACAUACAUUUGGUGGAUGAACACGUUCAACAUGAAAAUUCUACGAGGAUCGUUUGAUCAAGGCGCCACCGAGUAUUAUGAGAUUGACCGGCCGUUGGCUUACCGGAAAGUUUUGACGACAUGGGCUAAAUGGGUGGACAAAAAUAUUGACCCCAAUCGGACCACUGUCUUCUUCACCAGCAUGUCUCCUCUUCACAUCAAGAGCUUGGAUUGGGACAACCCGGAUGGCAUAAAAUGUGCCAAAGAGACCACUCCAGUCCUGAACAGAACGACACCGUUGGAAGUGGGCACAGACAGAAGGCUCUUUGUGAUUUCAAGCGACAUAACAAAAGCAAUGAAAGUGCCUGUUUACUUUCUCAACAUUACUACUCUGUCUGAGUUUCGUAAAGAUGCACAUACCUCAGUCCAUACCAUCAGGCAAGGCAAGAUGUUGACGCCGGAGCAGCAAGCUGACCCGGAGACCUACGCCGACUGCAUCCACUGGUGCCUCCCCGGGCUGCCGGACACAUGGAAUGAGUUCCUUUACACGCGUAUCAUCUCGCGGUCUUGACACAUAGCAGAUCAUCAUACAGCCUUGUUGUAUAAUUUUGUUUCAACUUUUUUGGGGGUUCCAUAGUCUCUACCUCACAUGUAAUUUCUCUUACAGUUUCUUCUUUCACUGUUUUAUAGCUUCAAACUUAGGACUGGACCUUUUUAUUUUUUGGUUCUUUGUUCAGCCAAAUUGACUGAGGGGUGAGAGCUAAGUGAGAACACCCAGAUUCCUGCAAAAUCCCAAGGCAGGAAAGGGGUUGUUUGAUACAACAGUUUGAAUUGU